AUGCACACGGGAAAAAUUUGCAUUGUCACUUUGGUGGUCGUGUAUGGACAUGUCGCCUUUGUCGCAACAAAGGCUCUGGAAGAGAGUGGCGAAACCAAGCUGACAACAGACCUCGACUCCUCGGACCAAAAGCCGCCGAAUGUCGGGAACACGUCGUCUGGUGACAUAAACCAGACAUCCCGGACAACUCCGGAAUUAACGACCGCAGCUACGACGGAAAGCAAGGCGGCAGCACGCGUAACGGCUGGCACAACGAAAAGUAGGGCGACCGGUCACUGCGACGACACCGUGUGCAAGCCUCCCGGCUGCACCUGCAUCAGCACAGCGCCUCCGGCGGGCCUCGCGGUGAAAGGGAUGCCACAGUUCGUGAUGCUGACCUUCGACGACAACAUCAACAUUGCCAACAUGCUGUUCUACAAGAGGCUCCUCGGAGGCCUCAAGAGGAAGAACAAGGCCAACGGCUGCUCCAUCGCUGCCACCUUUUUCGCCUCCGCCGAGUAUCUAGACUACAAGCUCGUCCACGAGCUCUACGCCGGAGGCCACGAGAUCGCUCUGCACACCAUCAGCCACAAGACUUCACCGGAGUACUGGAACAAUCUAGACACGGCCGGUUGGGAACGCGAGGUCGUGGACGAGCGGAAGAUGAUCGAGAAGUUCGCCGACGUCCCCGCCAAGGACGUGAAUGGUUUCCGAGCCCCUUUCCUCCUCACCGGCGGUGACAAUGGAUUCCGGAUGCUUCAGCGCCACCUGACGUUCGACUCUUCCCUGGUCCACCAGCGCUAUCCGCAAGAACCUCCGUUCUUCCCGUACACCUUGGACUACGGCUUCAAGAGGGCCUGCGUCGUCGGUCCGUGUCCUCAAGACUCCUACCCGGGCCUCUGGGAGGUUCCCCUCAACGUGUUCUUCAAGGACAGGGACGUCGACGGGAAGCUCAUGAGGAUGCCUUGUCCAAUGGUAGACGGUUGCGUGCCUCACCCGACGAGCGCCAACGAGACCUUCGAUUACCUCAGGUCCAACUUCGAGGCCUUCUACAAGGUCAACCGAGCCCCGUUGCCUGUGUUCGUCCACGAGGCCUGGUUGAGGGACCCUGCACGGGAGGAAGGCUACCUCCGCUUCGUGGACUGGAUGCUCGAGAAGGAGGACGUCUUUUUGGUCACCGUCUCUGAAGUGCUCGAGUUCAUGAGGAACCCGAAGCCCAUCGGCGCCUACAAGCAGCGCCAUUGCAUGAAGUCCGUGCCCGAGCCCACCUGUAUGAAGUCGAUGAACUGCCCAUUCUUAGAGACGCAGUUCGGUAGUGCACGGUACAUGCGGACUUGCAGCGCUUUAUGUCCCAAGAACUAUCCGUGGGUUAACAACCCUCUCGGAAAAUAA